UUCAGCUGAUUCUUCUAUUCGCAGCUCUGUUGGUGCUCCGUGAGAAUAAUGGGAGUUCGGAGUCUUUUUGGUAGAAAACUAAAUGCGUAACUUUUCCAGUCACUGCUGAAAUAGGUAUGACAUUCAGCAUGUCUUUCCCAUUGCUUCGUCUGUGGCGGUUUAGAGUCUGUCAACGCGCAAGGUCAAAGGGAACUCGACGUCUUGUCUCGGUAGAAGAUACACAGCAGAAGACUUUUUCCUCCUCUGCCGCAAGGAUCACAAGCAUCCUGCACCCUAAACAAGACUGCUUGGGGAGCUCAGCUGGAUUUGCACACCUUGGGACCUUGGGUAAUGGGAGAGGCUUCUGUGUAUGGAGUUCAGCUCGAGGAUUCUUUGGGAAAGGUGGAGGGAGCAGCACACCGCAGCAGAGCCUCCAAGGCAUUGCCCGGGGUAUCAAAGAGGGGGAGUAUAAGAAGGUCGUGGUGAUGGUGGGUGCGGGAAUCAGUACUCCCAGCGGCAUCCCGGACUUCAGGUCUCCUGGGAGUGGUCUCUAUGACAAUCUGCAGCAGUACAAACUGCCAUACGCUGAAGCCAUCUUCGAGAUCAAUUACUUUCAUUACAACCCCCAGCCAUUCUUUGCUUUGGCAAAGGAGCUGUACCCGGGAAACUACCAGCCUAACCUGACGCACUACUUCAUCCGACUCCUGUAUGACAAGGGCCAGCUUCUGAGGCUUUACACACAGAACAUCGAUGGCCUGGAACGGAGAGCGGGCAUUCCUCCAAGCAAACUGGUGGAAGCCCAUGGAACAUUUGCUACUGCCACCUGUACUGUCUGUCGCAAGGAGUACCCAGGAGAGGAUCUGCGUGCUGACAUCAUGGCGAGUGCCAUUCCCAAGUGCUCUACCUGUAAGGGUAUCAUCAAGCCAGACAUUGUGUUUUUCGGUGAAGAACUCCCCCAGCAGUUCCUCAUGUACUUGACUGACUUCCCAAUGGCGGAUUUGCUCAUCAUCAUGGGCACGUCUCUGGAGGUGGAGCCUUUUGCCAGCCUGGCUGGUGCGGUACGCGGCUCCGUGCCCCGUCUGCUGUUCAACCGGGACGCCGUGGGGCCCUUCGCCCACAGCUCCCUGCGGCACAAUGAUGUUGCUGAGCUUGGCGAUGUGGUGAGUGGGGUGCAGAAGCUGGUCGACGCUAUGGGCUGGACAAAAGAGCUGCAGGCACUCAUGGCAACCGAAGCCCAGAAGAUGGCAAGGGAUAGAGAACAGUGAGGAGAGCUGGAUGGGCCCUUAGAGAGGUGCACAUAGGUGACAGAUAGCCUCAAACCCUUGGGACAACCAGACACCCUCUAUGCCCUCCCUGCAUGGCUGUAUGGAAAGCACCUCUCUGAAUAUCACAAUCAUUUGCCUUUUUAAGGCAGUGAUGAAGGGCAGAGUUUGGGGCAGCAGGUAGAGUAGUGGUUAAGGACAUACAACCUGAGGGCUGCGGGUUCAAAAGGACCUACUGUAGUAACUGUAAGGUACUUACCCUCAGUUGUUCGAGUAAAAAUAGAAAGCUGUAUAAAUUGGUCAGGUACUUAAUUCUCUGUAGAUAAAAGCUUGAUUGAGACCUGCCAUCGUCCCUUUAUUUAAACUACAGACAUUGUGGAAGGAUCAGGAGUGUGAAACAGCACUGCACGUCACAGUCUGUGAUUUAAUUGGAGUCAAUUUUGAUAUUCUCGGAAAACAACUACAAAAUUAAAAAUGCAAGGGAGAAAAUAGGAAUAGGAGUCAAGGAUUUUUAUUUUUUAAUGAAUCUCAAAUUAAAUAAAGCUUGUAUUAAACUGUAUUAAAUUCUGUCUCAUGUUCAUUUACUGUAAUUACGGAUCCUUUAAGCACGGUGGACGUUCGUGCCUAGAAAUAUUAAAAUCUUACAUAUCGUAACCACCCGGUGGGUCCAUAGUUGGGAAUUCCCAAAAACAGUAAUAUACAAAAAAAAAUAAAAUUCCUUAAUUUGAGGUCAUUCACAUUUGUCUGUAGAUGUUUCACUGCAUGGAAGGGUAUCAAAUUGGCUUUUCCAUAACAUUUCAAGCAACAUAAAAGAGAACCCAUAAACUUUAUACAUAAGAAGGAAAUCUGUCUGUAAAUGUUUUUUUUUUUUCUCCCCACUCUUGGACCUAGAUUUACUUUGAGCUGCAAAUACCUGAAGCAGAAGGGAAAGCUAAACGAAGCAGUAAAUUUAUGAGCCAAGCACAGCUCUCUGGGAGUCGCUUUACAUUUACAAAUGCUGUACGAAAGUGCUCUGGUGGAGUAAAGGUCGGUCCUGACCAAUAGGAGCAUGGCGUUUGGCAGACUAAACACACUCCAAAAAGUAGAAGGGAAGUGUGUGGCAGGGGUUAUUAGGAGUAUUUACUCAUUUCUACCAUAACUUUACUCUCAUCAGUGCUUUUCUUUGCCUAUGACAUCUGAAGAGGGGGCAUAGAGGGAUUGAGAAUAAUUUCAGCACAGAAACAGUUAUAAGAUUACUGAGUUUACAUCUUCAUUACAGAUAUUAAUUUUGCAGAGCGGCUUUGACGCCGCCCAGUGGACAUGGUGGUGUUGGUGGAACAAAUCGAUAGUCUUUUUAGCAACUGUUUCUUGCAUUUCCCACAGCUGUACGUAUA